CCCCACCCUCCGAACCCCUCUGUGAUAUUACCGAGCAUCGCAGGGAGAAAUCAGACCGACCGCGACCGACGCUGGCGCCGUGUGACAGUGUUGUGUAGCGACGCUGCCAUCUUCCCACCGCAGACUCAGGAGCCUUUGAUGAUGGAUCGCCAGGAUGCUACAAUCGUGUGUGUGCCCCCACUACCUGCAUUAGGUUGUGAUGACCCACACUACUUCCAAAUGUAUCUGUGACCCUCCCCAAUCCUGACUCCUAACCUCUAAUCCCUGACCUUUGACCCCCACUAUGGGCAGUGUUGGCAGUGGGGUGGCAGGAGAGCAGGAGUUUGCCAUGAAGUCUGUGGGCACGAGGACCACCCUGCCCCGUGCCCCUCCUCUCUCUCGCCGUUGCCCUGCCGACCGCAGCUGUAGUGCAGAGCGGCUGCCCCGCCCCCCAGCGACUAUAUCAGACGGGACGGCCUCUAGUGAUGAACGAGGGAGUGUUAGUAUCGGGACUGGGACCUGUACCGGGACUGACCGGCCCACCGAAACAGCCUCCUCCACCAACACUGAAUGUACCAUGGCGGCCCCGUCCAACAACAACCAGUUGGAGUGUGGCAAUGGAGCAGGCCGGAGGGAGUGGGAGAGGGAAAGACAGCGUGAGAGGGGGAGAGACAGGGACCGAGACCGAGACUGGGACCGAGAGAGGUUAGAGAGGGAGCGAGAGAGGGAGAGGAACCGUGAGAGGGAGCGGGAACGAGUGGAGAGGGAGAGGCUGGAACGGGAAAGGGAACGGGAAAGAGAGAGAGCCAGAGAGAGGGAGAGAGAGAGAAUUGAGAGGGAGAAGAUAGAGAGGGAGCGAGAGCGAGAGAGGGACAGGGAGAGGGAGAGAGAGAGGGAGAGGCUGGAGAACGAGAGGAUGGAGAGAGAGAGAGAGAGGGAAAUGCAGGCUGCAGGUCUGGAUGUUUGUGGGAACAUCGUGGGUCGGGGAGCCAACGAGAAGAACGGCGUUGGCAUGACCCAACACCAGCACAGAGAGAUGGCCGCUGCCAGAGGCGACAGUGACAACAAUCCAGCCGGCCAUAACCCUCCGAACCACAACCCGCCCAAGAUCAUGCCAGUGUCAGGAAAACUGGAGCAGGCAAUGCAGAACAACUCAGGCCUUGUCCGUCCCUCUGCUUUCAAGCCGGUGGUUCCCAAGAGCUUCCACUCCAUGCAGAACCUGGUGGGCCAGGCAGGAGGGGCUGGGAGCGAGGGCAAGACUGAGGCGAGGAGUGAAGGGUUCAGUGAGAGCAGAGGAGGCAGGAGAGGCAGGGACGGAGGAGGUGAAUCAGGAGAGGUCCCAGAGGCCCUGCUCCUGGACCAGGACAGCCCAGUGAGGGUGAGCAGAAGUGAGGGUGGGGGAAAUGGUAAUGAAGUGGUUCAGGGAGGGAUGUCUGAUUCAGGUAGAAACUCCCUGACCAGCCUGCCCACCUACACGGGCUCGGGGUCUGGUUGUGGGCCCCCAGCAGUCCUGGGGCCUCUCAGUGCUUCCACCAGCCACAUCAAUAGGUUGGGCAUGGCUGGGGCAGCUGCAGGCCUGGACAAGCUUGAAAAGCCUGGCUAUCAGAACGGACUCAGUGCCUCAGACAGCGGCCGAUCGUCCUCUGGAAAGAGCUCCUCGUCCUAUCAGAGGCUGAGCCACCUGAGUGAUGCCCCGGCACCUCUACGCCCCUCCCCCUCCUCUGACGACAUCAUCCAGGACCUCGAAGACCGCCUGUGGGAGAAAGAGCAAGAGGUGCAGCACAUGCGCAGAAACCUUGACCAAAGUGAGGCCGCCAUCAUUCAGGUGUUUGAGGAGAAGCAGCGUGUCUGGGAGCGACAGAUGGAUGAGCUCAGACAGAACUACGCUUCACGCCUGCAGCAGGUGACACGACGUGCUCAGCGCUCCCAGACUGCCCUGCAGGCCCAGAUAAGCCGUCUGUCCCAGGACAAGAGGAGGCUCCAGGAGGAGAUGGCGGCUCUGUUAGCCCAGAGAGAGGACCUGGAGAGGAAGUGUCUGGAUUACAGGAAGGAGCAGGCCGACAUCUUGCCUCGUCUGGAGGAGACUAAGUGGGAGGUGUGUCAGAAGGCCGGAGAGAUCUCGCUGCUGAAACAGCAGCUGAGGGAGAGUCAGGCUGAAGUGACCCAGCGAGCUGGAGAGAUGGUGGCUCUGAGGGGGCAGCUGAAGGAGCUCAAUGCCCAGCUGAGGGAGCGGGAGGAGGCCAUGCUGGGCCUGAAGGACUCCUACAGCAACAAGAGUCUGGAGCUGGAGAAGUGUGAGGUGGAGCUGAGGAGGACUCUGUCAGAGGUGUCCAUCCUCAGAGAAAAGCUGGGUGUGUUUGAGGCCGAGGUGCUCAGUUUAAAGCGGGCUCUAAAUGAAGUGAGCAGAGGAGCAGAAGUUGUAGUGAGCCCUAACCUCGCUGCUGCAGGACUUUUGCCACCAUGGGGCAUUGUCCACUGCCCACGUAACCCCACUGAGUCCUCGACCAAUUCCCUUACCCCCACCUCUGACACCCUGCUGAGUCUUCAGAGUGAUGAAGCCAAAGCCCAAAGGCAGGAGGCUCAAAGACAGGAGAGGCAGCAACGUGAAGAAGCUCAAUGGCGAGAUGUGCAGCAGCGGCAGGAUGCCCACAUGCAGCAGGACAUGCAAAUGCGUCAGGAUGCCCAAAGUCGGCCUGAGGCUCAACUCCGCCAGGAGGCCCAACUUCGUCAGGAGGCUCACCUCCGCCAUGAAGCUCAAAUCCGUCAAGAGGCCCAAAUACGCCAAGAAGUGCAGCUGCGUCAAGAGGCCCAGCUCCGUCAGGAGGUUCAACUGCGCCAGGAAGCCCAGCUCCGUCAGGAGGCCCAGUUACGCCAUGAGGCCCAAAUGCGUCAAGAGGCCCAGCUACGUCACGAGGCCCAACUCUGUCAGGAGGUGCAACUGCGUCAGGAUGCCCACCAGCCACAGCGGGGCCAGGAGGGUCACUGGGAUGAAGCAGGGGAGCUGCGCAGGCAGCUAGAGCAGCUGCAGGCUGCCCUACGUCUGGAGCGGCAGCAACGGGAACGUCAGGCCCUCAACUUUGACCAGGAGCGACACACUUGGCAGGACGAAAAGGAACGGGUUUUAAAAUACCAGGCUCAGCUGCAGCUCAGCUAUGUGGAAACGCUGCAGAAGAACCAGGCUUUGGAAAAACGUAUGAGCCAGUUGGGAGCCAAACCAACCACAACCUCCACAACCACCACGAUUACAACCACCACCACCACCUCCCCCACCUCCUCCAAUUCUCCACCACCACCACAAGUUCUCUCACCCCUGUCUCCUCCGCCUAUACCCUCUAUUUCUGGCCCCAUUGCCCUCACCCUCUCCCCACCCUGUGAAGACCAGAAGGGCCCUCCUUCUCUCCACCAGCUUGCCCCUCCCUGGGCAGGAUCCUCCCGUCUGGAGAGGAUAGAGUCCACUGAGAUAUAGAGGCAGCUCCGUGUAACGUUACACAUUACCCAGUUUAUUACACCCAGCGACAAGGCCUCUCACACGAAACCACUUCAGACAACAGUAGAAAAUCAGUCUGCUACAGGAGAAAUCAGUACAGUCUGGCAUACUUUUCAAUGCAACUGGACACUAAACAGCAACAAAGGAUGAAUGUAAAAUCCAGCAUUUUCAGUAACAAGCAAAUCAUCUAACCACGAAAAUGAAUUAUAUUCCAUCUGUAAAUGAUUUUCAAUUUUCCUAAACAGCCCUUUUCUCACCAGUUGUGCACAACUUCAUCCUACAAAACCAGGGUACAUGAAAAGUGUGCCAUACUGAUGGAUGGCAGGAAGACAACAAGUUAAAUGACAAAUAGCACUAACACAGGGGGUCAUCUAAUGCCCAAUGCUAGAAAAGGACCAAGACAAUCAGGGAUAUUGUCAGAAAUGAUCAACAAGAAUAUUAUGCGGUAUUUAUUCAUUGUAAGUCUGUGUCACUGGUAAUGUAAAAGUAGAAUUAUUGGUCAGAGUGUGUGAUGUUAACUUUUGGCCAGAGAGCGCCUUACUACAUUCUUUACAGCAUGUAGAAGAGAAUAAAUAAUGCUGGGAAUAGAUAAAAAGAAAAAAUAUCAAGAGUAUGAUUAUUAUUUUCAGUGCUUUAAUGAUAUCAGCAAAACUAGUUACACAUCAUCACACGUGGCUGGACUAUCUCAUUCAAAUCCCAGCAGACUUUGACAUUUAAGGUCACACAGACUGAUUCUCAAUUCAUUUUGAAGUCGUUUCAUGCACAGGGUCCGACACGCACGACCCACUUAAACACAUCAUUAAGACCAACAGAGUUUAUAUUUUGUACAAAUUGAAUUAAAUGGAUAUGUUUAGCAGAUAAUCAACCCCGAAAGAGAGCCGUGGUUCGCCUUCACCACAUAUUGUCUGCUGUGACUAAAAACAAACGCUGGAGGUCGCUCGUGAGCUGUUACGGUGCUCCCAACUGGAUUGGACUGCAAAGGAGAAUGUGAACAGAAGCACACAAUUGGAAUUUGAUUAUAAUGAUAAUUGUGUCAUUCACUUUGUGCAUUCGCCGCCAAGAAAUCUGAAGAAGCAGCAGUCAGUUUCCCCAAAGUUGAAAAAUAAGUAACAUUUUAUAGAAUGUAUGAUAUACUAGAAAGAAAUAAUUAUAAUAGAUAUAGAUUGUAAAUGUAUGUAUGAGAGAGUGAAUGUGUGCAAAGCAGGAGUGUGCAUGUGUGUAUACAUAUGAAAUGCUUCAGCGUAUGAGAUUGAAGAUAGAGGGACUAGUGGCAAUACAGCGAGCGAAGAUAUAUUAAGAGCAAAGGGAUUUUCUCAAACUACAGGAAAAUGUGCAUCAGAGCUUGACAUAAGAGCAGUGAGAGUCUGUAUAUCCUGGAAAAACGUGACUUUCUUCUGUAUAUUUCAUUUUAAACAAAGCAGGUAAGAAGGAAGUUAUUUUAAAAAAUUUGAAUCGUGGGGAUCAUUCAGGCUAACUGCACUAUGUCGUGUCCUACACACAAGUGAUGAUGUACAGUAGACUCAGAUGUGAAUAUCAUGGCUUUUAUAUGUGUUGUUUAUGCCAGCAUACAAAGAUGUUGCUCAAGAAUAUUAACUUAUCUCUAAGGUAUUACAUAGUAUUAUCAUCUUUAUUACUGUUAUUAUAUAUGGUGAACUGACAGAGAAAAUAUGUGCCAUUUGAGCUUUCCUUUAUGUGUUUUUUUUAUCUGUGUAGAUAGCCUAUUGGCCUAUCAUAAUGGUGCAAUCAUAGCAACCCUGUCCAAAAAAAGAAAAUGUUCCUUUUGAUGUAGGUGAUAAAUGUAGUUACAGUAAUGCAUUGUUGAGAGAACAAAAUGCUACCGAAUUUAUACAUAUUUCAAAUUUAUUGUUUGCAUUUAUGUUAGUUGUACUGUUCUGGCUUGAUUAAAACCACCCCUUUGUUAAGAUUC